CACGUAGGCGCCGGCGCGGGCUGCGGCCGCUCCGGGAUGGUGUCGGUGACGAUGGCCACCUCGGAGUGGAUUCAGUUUUUCAAGGAAGCCGGGAUUCCUCCGGGCCCCGCCGUCAACUAUGCCGUGAUGUUUGUGGAUAACAGGAUCCAGAAGACCAUGCUGCUGGAUCUCAACAAGGAGAUCAUGAACGAGCUGGGGAUCACCAUCGUGGGCGACAUCAUCGCCAUCCUCAAACACGCCAAAGUCGUCUACAGACAGGAGAUGUGCAAGGCGGCCACGGAAUCGCUCUGCGCCAGCCCGCCGCGCGCGCAGCCCGAGCUGCACCGCAACCCCGGCAGCGCUGCCACCCGCAUGAUUGCCAACAGCCUGAGCAGGGACUCGCCUCCCGCUCCGCCCGUCCGCAGGCCCGACGCCAGCGCUUCCAAAAUCUCCAUCACCGUGUCCAACAAGCUCGCCGCGAAGAACACGAAAGCAGGGCUGUGUGACGCGGCGGACGAGAGCCCCGCGGUGCCCGUGAAGCGCCGCCGCGUGACGGCCGAGAUGGAGGGCAAAUACAUCAUCACCAUGCCCAAGGGCACCACGCCGCGCACCAAGAAGAUCCUGGAGCAGCAGGCGGCCAAAGGGCUGCCGAGGAUGUCGGUGUUCGAUCGCCUGGGCGCCGAGACGAGAGCCGACACGACCACGGCCGGCAAGCCCACAGGGGUGUUCAGCCGCCUGGGUGACGCGCUGGACGGGGCCGGAGCGGCCGAGAGCGACGAUGACGACGGCGGCGACGAUGACGACAACUGCUCGGUGCUGCAGUAUGCCGGCGUCCUGAAGAAGCUCCCCAAGGGAAGCGCCAGGUUGGGAGCCGCCGUCAAAGCCAAAGCCACCAGCUCGGAGGCCACCCCGGCUGCCAGCCGGCACCUGGGCCCCAGAAAGGCCCCCCUCGAAGAACGCAAAGCCGAGCCCAAAACCAGCCUCGUGCAGAGACUAGGCAAAGCCUCCGUGCCCGCGGAGGCGCAGGACAGCAGCGUCACGAGCACCAGGAGCAGAACGGAGCCCGAGUUCAAGGUCACUCUAAAGAGGAGCUGGGGCAGUGCCAAGGUAAGCAGCAGCAGCAGCGAGAGCCCCGGCGCUCGCAUGGACAGCACGGGCCCCGUUAGUGUCUUCACGAGACUGGGAAGGAAGGCGGACUGACGGCGCCUCCGACCGCUCCGUCUUUACCCGCCGUUCCUGCUCUCCGCGCGCCCGGCGCCCUCCUGGACGCCCCUUCCUGCCCCCGUCCUCUCCAUUCCUGAGCUCAGGGGGUCUCAUCCCGCUCGCGGGCCCGUCCUGGCUAAGCCAAGGAAGGAGGAGGGGGGGAAAAAAGCCCCCCCAAACCCUCCCUGCAAAUUCGGCUGCCUCUGGGGGCCAGAUGUGCUUGGCCAGAUGUGCCCAACCAGCGCUCUCGCUGUGCUUGCUGGUCGCAAACCCCGCGGCCUUCGGUCUCAUUCCCUCCCCAUUCACUGAAAGCGUUUUUUUAUUUUUCUAUCUUGUUUUUUUUCUUGUUGUUUUUCUCCUCUGCAGGUUCUUUCCUGUAUCUAGGAAGUAGGACCUGGAGGACUCUCCGUAAAAGGGAGGUUACGGAGUUGGGGCCUGGUGCUGGGACUCCUGUUUUUCUUUUGUUUUUGGUUGUUUUUUGUUUUUUUUUUUGAGGGACUGUUGAUUUUCUUGUUGUUUUGAGCAGCCUCCAAAUCCCAAACACUAGGUUUCCUCGACGCUGCUCCCUGUGCUCCCAUUCCUAGCGAUCCCACGCGCUCGGAAACCUAAAAUCACCCCCCCCCCGCCGUGGAUCUACAGCCAUUACGGAGUUUUUGUGGCACGGAAACACGGCCUGCAGCAACACUGAUCCGCACCUUAUCCGGGCACAUUGAAAACCUGGUGGUCUGGCUUUGGGGCUGCAUCCCAGUAAUCCUGUGUGCUGGAUGGAAGAGGAAAGGAACGUUUUUGAGUGCUCUUCCAGGAGCUUUUUCCCUAAACGUUUAACAUGAAUUUCCUUGGGGUUUGCUUUUCCU